AUGGGCGAACUGCAAGAGAAAGAUGAGGCGGACUUUGCUUCAUCGUCGGGCGAGAUUUCAAUUAAGUUGGGAGUGCAGAGCUGCGAGGCGCGGUUCUCCGUGAAGGCCUUCAUUGUGGCUUCCGGGCAGUUUCCUGACUGGGUGGACGAUAAUGGGCGGGUUUUCUCCAUCCGCAAUUCCGAAAUCUUCCUCGAGUUGAAUCCGAAAAAGGCACUGAUAAAAGGCGUGUUGGGGCCGUGUUUUCGUGCGGCGUGGAGUUUAUUGGAAGCGCCCGAGGCCUCUCACAACAACGAAAAGAAUAUUAGCACGGCCUAUUCGAAUCGAAAUUCCGUUAUCGACGAACGGAAGGUGCUAAACACCUUUUCUGGAGCUGCUUCUUCACAUCGGCAACCACCAAUAAAAUCGCCUAGACCCACCAUCACGCAACCCCAACCAAGCGACUUUCAAAUGGAGGAAAGUGAUAGACUUCGAAAGAGCAGCCAUGAUAGUUUGAGGGGUCAGAAAGCGCAAAGAAGACCACAAAGAUAUCGAUCACACUCUCUCGACAGAAGCGAUGGGCAAAGCUGUAGAAGCAGUGAUAGUAAUUGGUCGGAUCGAUAUCGCCGUCAUAAUCGACAUCGUCAUCAUCAUCACGAACAUCGACGACAUCGUAAGCGUUCUUUAUCAAAUUCAUCACACACCUUGGAUAAGGUUGUUAAAGAAUGUGAGCAUUCAGUGCCUUCUCAGGCGCAUAAUGAGGGGAUGGAUCCGAGGAUCAAUGAAACGCAACAUCGACCUAACGUGUCAGAUUUAUUUCUCCCCACCUCAGCUUCUACUUCGACAAUAUGCUACGAUUCAUUGGGACCUCUUCCGUUUGGUUGGCGUCCAGUGUUUUCGGUUGAAUAUCAGCAAACCUACUACGUUUAUCGCCAUCCACUCACAGGCAUCGAAACUACCACCUGGGAAAGACCAGAAUUACCACCUAUUCCUCAUUGA